AUGGAUGUGGUCAAGGCGGUGGAGACGUACAUCACCAAGAUGGUGUCCGUCCCGAACGCCAUGAAGGUCUUCCUCCUCGAUUCGCACACAACGCCAAUUGUGUCUCUCGCUUCAACGCAGAGCUCUCUACUAGCACAUCAAGUCUACCUCACGGACAGGAUCGACAACACCAAGCGCGACCGGAUGCCGCACAUGAAAUGCGUGUGCUUCCUGCGUGCAGCGGAGGACAGUCUUGGCGCUUUGGAGGUCGAGCUGAAGGAGCCAAAAUACGGCGAAUAUUAUCUGUACUUCAGCAAUGUGUUGAGCAAGACGGCUAUUGAGAGGUUGGCGGACGCAGAUGAGUAUGAGGUCGUACGCGAGGUUCAGGAGUAUUUUGCGGAUUAUGCGCCGAUGCUACCCGCACUGUUCUCAUUCAACCACUUUCCGUCACCAGAAGAUCCCUUAUAUGGGAGUACACCGAACACAUGGAAUCCGACCGCGCUCGAUCGGCACGUACAAGGGCUCGCGGCGCUACUACUCAGCUUGAAGAAGAAGCCCGUGAUACGGUACGAGCGUAUGAGCGGGAUGGCCAAGAAGCUUGCAGGCGAGAUCCAGCACAAGAUGCAGUCAGAACAGCAGCUGUUCGACUUCAGGUUGACGCAGGUACCACCAUUACUGCUCAUCCUCGACAGAAGAAACGACCCCGUCACACCUAUGCUCUCGCAAUGGACAUAUCAGGCGAUGGUGCACGAACUCUUCGGUAUCAUCAACGGCCGUGUCGAUCUCAGUCGGGUUCCAGACAUCCGUCCCGAGCUCACAGAAAUCACGCUGACCACGGCCACGGACCCCUUCUUCGCCGCGAACCAUCUGUCCACAUUCGGUGACCUCGGUCAAGCCCUCAAAGACUACGUGCAAACAUACCAAUCCAAAUCGCUAGCGCAAACACCCGACGCGAUCAACAGCAUCUCUGACAUGAAGCGCUUUGUUGAGGAGUACCCCGAGUUCCGCAAGCUUGGCGGAAACGUCUCGAAGCACGUCGCACUCGUUGGCGAGCUCUCGCGGCUUGUCGGGCGUGAUAAGUUGCUUGAUCUUGGGGAGGUGGAACAGGGUCUAGCUACCAGUGCCGGCGCAGAUCUCAGGAGUGUGCAAACGUUCAUCGCGGACAGCACGGUGUCGCCAAGGAAUAAGCUUAGGCUUGUCAUCCUGUAUGCGUUGAGGUACCAGAAACAGCGGGCGAGCGACAUUGCGAACCUCAUCAAUCUGGCGCUGCAAAAUGGCGUUACGCGAGAAGAUGCAAGGCUCGUCUACGCACUGUUGAAUAUCGCAGGCGCGGACCAACGACAAGAUGACUUGUACUCCACCGAGUCGCUGCUUGCCCUUGGUCGUUCGGCGCUCAAGGGUCUGAAGGGCGUCGAGAACGUCUACAUGCAGCACACCCCGCAUCUCUCUCAAACACUCGAACAUCUUUUCAAAGGCCGUCUCCGGGAGGCUUCAUACCCAUUCCUCGAAUCGCCCGGGCCCAACGCGAGUCUCCAGCGCCCGCAAGACGUGAUCAUCUUCAUCAUCGGCGGCACGACGUACGAAGAAGCCCGGCACAUCGCUCUGCUCAACCAAGAGGGUGCGGCCACGGGUGGCGCGCGGCUAUUGUUAGGAGGAACAUGCGUGCACAACUCGAGCAGCUUCCAGGAGAUGAUACGCGGUGCGGCUGCCGGGUUCCCACCGUCGGUGUACGAGCCCCCGCCGGAGAGCGCGAGUAAUGCGCCGGCGCUCAAUCUCAAUCUUGGAGGUGUGAAUGUGAGCCUCGGUGGGCCGGCUGGGCCUGGAGUGUAUAGGACGACCGCGGAGAACAGUAUCCAGGCGGAUGGAAUCAGGGACGGUGUGAGGAGUUUGAUUGGGAGGGUCAGGCAAGGCGUGGAUCAACUGAAGCUCGGAGACAACGCUUGA